UGGGGUUAUGGUGCAUAAGCUAUUUUUGCACGCAUAAUAAAAAGGAUUGUUGCAUCCUAAUUUUUUUUUAUAUAAAAAUAAUAUUUUCCCCUAUAUUUAAAGUAUUUGUAUUUUGUUUAUAAUUGUGAAAAAUUGAUUUUUUGCAAUAUUUUUAUAAAAAAAAAAAAAAAAAAUGUGAAAAGUGAAAUAUGUAAAGCAAAAGUAAAAAUUUGUGUAAUGUAAAUUCUUGCGAAUAUAUAGUUGCAAAGGCUUAUGUCAACCAAUCCAGAUUAAUCUAGAUUUUCUCAAGUUUUGGAUAUACCUACAUAUAUACAAAAAAAGAAGCACGUGAUAAAAUUUUAAAUGAAUUGCAAAAAUAGCUUUUCAAUGUUUUUUAAAAAUAAUAAUGUGAUAAGAAGUUUUUGAAAGCGCGACAUUUGUUUUAAAAUCAGUAGCGGAUAACGACAAUGGCAGACCAUCAGGAUUAUACUGAUAAUCGUGUGCAAAUAAAAUCAAUUAGAGAAGGAGAUUAUUUAUUGAUAGAUUUAGUUAAAUACAAUUCUCAUCUUUACAAUAAGGAAUUAAAGGAUUUUAAGGACAUUGAAAAACGAGAACAAACUUGGCAUGAAAUUGCUGCAUCUCUAAAUAUUUCUGUAAAUGAAUGUCAACAAAAAUGGGUGAGAUUGAGGGAAAAAUUUUCCAAGGAAAAAAGAGUACAAGAAGAAUUCGAACGAACAGGAAACAAUAAAUUUAAAUUAUCAACUUGGCCGUUUUAUGAAGAAUUAAGAUUUCUCGAACCAUUCAUCAAACGAAGAAAUGUCUAUCAUAAACCAAAAAAUUUCGAUUCAAAACUAAUGAAAAAUGCAAAAAAUGAAAAUGUAAGCACAACACUUUUCAAUGGUCAGGCGUUUACGCAAAUAAAACCAAUUUCAACAACUGGACUUGGACAAUCUGUUGAUUUUAAAUCAAGUAAUUUAUCAUUUGUCCAAGUGCCAAAAACAGUGAUGGUUCAACUCGUUGGAUCAAAUCAAAAUCAAAAUUGCAAUUCAAUACCAAUAAAAACGGAAACAUUAAAUGUUGGCACAUCAUUACCAAGUAAUGUUGAGGUUGUUUAUCAAAAUGAAGAAAGUACAUCGGAAUCGGGAACGUCGUUAUCAGAGAAAGCUGAUAAUUCCAAUAAACGACGAAAAAUUGGAAAACGAAAAUGCGUUGAAUCAACGGAAGAUAUAAUUGCAAAUAUAUCAUCAAUUAUUCAAAGGUAUCUUGAGACAUGUAAAAGAGAUGAAAAUCCCGAUGAGAUAUUUGGUAAAUUAGUCGCUGGUGAAUUGGCGAAAAAAAUGGAACCUGAAAAAACGAGACUGAAAAAAACUAUUAUGGAAAUCAUUUGGAAUGAUGAUUUAGAAAAUGAGGAACAAUAUUGUCAUUGAAAUUUAUAAACUUUUUUUUGCUAAAAAGAAAGUUAAGUCUUGUGAAAUUUCAAUGAAAUGAAAUAAAGUGUAAAUACUAUAUAUAUUUUUAGACAAAAAUACGUAAAGUUUGUUAGUAUAUAUUUACAAAUAUAUGAUUUGCUUGUUUUCUUUUCUUUUUUUUUUGAAAAUUCAAAAUGUUAUACAAUUUUAUUUAUUUAUUAUCUUUUUUUUCGAUAAAUUUUAUUAAUUUAUAAAUGAAAAAUAAAUAUAGUGAUUAAAAAUGAG